AUGGGCAGUGCCUCCCUUAUUUCCGGCCGUCUACAUCUUAACUGGGAAGCUGAUUCCUUUAAUCUCUUCCGCCAACCUUCGAAGGGGGAAAAUUGGAACCCAGAUCUACUGCGAUACUGUGUUGGCAUUCUAAAAGAGCUACUUCUGGCUAUGAAAGAGCUGAACAUGCUCGGCGGCUGUUGCAAAUCUUUUCCAAUUUUCAUCAAACGGGACAGCUCCAACAGAGUCACUGCCGCCGAUGUAAUCUUUGAAAGUGUCUGGCAAUUCGUUCAACUGCUAAGCGAGCCUCUGUCAACAACAAAUAACUCCGAGUCUGUCCUUAGAGACGUGAAAUGGAGGACCGACAUAUGCCAGUGGACUCUUGACACUUUCAAGCGUUUGUUUGGCAGGGAGGACGAAGCGUUAUUCUUCCUUUACCGAUCGACACGAAUUGAUGGCAUUGCACCCUACAUACUACACAUAGCGGCUUUGUACGCACAAAUAUUCUCUGUCGGGCUCGCCACAUUCUGUCAAGGCCACUGCUCCGAUUUUUACAUGCCCCAAAUAUCUCGUACAAUCGAAAGGUUUUACCUCUUUGGUGCUGUGCCAACUGGACCAUGCGUCAUCGCUGAGAAGGUUGAGCUGUCUUGUCUGGGAGAUAUGCUGAACAGACCAGUGUGGGCGUUCUGUCUUGGUGGACCGCUGAUCAGGACGGAUCUGAACUGGGCUAACCGCUUAACCUUGUUCCAACAGAAAUACGAUGUCCGCGCGAGACUUUCUCAAAUCUUCGACCUCUGGGGUGCGAGUAUUAUAGUCAGCAAAGAAGAAGUGCCAAAGUCUUUCAAACUCUGUAUGGGGCGCGGCUUUCUCUAUGAGAAAACCACGUCGUCCUUAUUUGCUUCAUCACCCAAUCCAAUGCUCCAUUGGUCGACGACAGAUAAUGACAGAGCCUUGCCGGCCUCCUGGCUCGAGCACGACCGAAAAGUCAUUAUCGGCGCUGUUUCCUCCAAUCAAGCGUGUCCUCUGCGUCGCCACCAAUAUGAGAAUGCACUUGCCGGCAGUCUGGUCGACCUCCGGACACAUCCAGGUGGCUGGAAGACAGGUUCUAGAACAGGGGGCGUAAAUGUCGGCGUCGGCGGUGGACCCAUGGCCCCUGCUACCGUAGGAGCAGCAAUUAGUCUCACCCAACAACGUUUUGGCCCGACUUUCAUGAAAGGAAGCCAAGUGCAGCAAUGGAAUAAGCUCCCCCAUGAGUUGACAGUCCUUAAUGCUCCAUGGGGACUUGAAUUCAGCCUUUGUACAGGUGUGGCGCGAAGAGUGCCUCUCAGAGCGCUCUUGAACGAGACGGUUGUAACUUACCUUCAAUCUAAACUUGACGCGAGAUCAAAUGCAGAAAGCAACAGCAAUGCCAACGCACCAGAAGCUUUAUCCAGAUCUCAGAGGCUUGAUAAAAACGUCAUCGAAGAAAUUCGACGAGCUAACUCUAAUGAUGACGCUGCGGCCAUCUGGACUGACCUCAAUCACACCCAUCCCGCUCAAUUCAAUGCGUUGGCAACAGUUCUUGAGAGCUUUAUGGACGCAAUACAGUGCGCACGUCUUGAUGACAAGAAGAAUCUCUUGCUAUGGUGGCCUGAGCCGAACGGGUCCACCGAUAGAGGGAUCAAACUUGAUAUCUCCCGGUAUAAGGGAAACUCGUGGAUUCCGGUUCUAGAAGACACUGAAUCAUGCGCAAUCUUUGGGCUGGCGACGUGCGAUUGUUUGAUUUGUUCGGAUCAUGGAAGCGCACAAAGGAUUUGUCAAAAUGGUCGAAGCGCAAGUUGGGCUCUAUCGGCGCUGAAGGAGAAAGAGCCAAUUCUGAGUACCGGCAUCGCCGCAGAAGGGGGAGACACAGCAAAUAUGAACCUCACACAUGGCAGCAGACUUAUUCUCAACAACUACAAAGCACAGAGUCACGUGGUCAAGGUCCAAGAGGUAACCAAAGGCGCUCCAUGCGUCCUCGAGUACCGCGGUGCAUGGCCCAGGCCUGCCACCGCAUGGUACAAUUGGUUUAAUAAAAUGACGAAUGUGCGCGAGAGCGCUGAAUUUCUGUCGACAGGAAUACAAGCUUUGAUAGUGCAUCGGAAGCCAUAG